UCCUUUUCACUGGUGGACUCAAAAAGUCCAGUGAUUCUAAACAAAAUUAAAAAAUAUAAAUAAAAGUACAAAACGAAAAAUCAACGAUUUCGAAAAAGCAUGAAAAAAUUAGAUCAAACCAAUAAAUUCAGACUCUGCGCUGUAACAGUCCAUAAUGAAUUUCGAAGCUGCAUUAAUUAUAAUUAAAUACAAAUAUAACUUAUAAACCACAUCUUUUGGGAAUAAAAUUUUGACAAUGAUAACAUUGACACCGUCAACUGGCAUUAUUAUUCCUUUUUAUCGAUGCAUAGUGAGUUAUAGUCAAAAAAGAUUAGUUUAUAAUGAAUGCACAAAGGUUAGAAUAAAAACACUAAGCUUGAAAUUAAAAAGUUUUCACUUCACAAUAUGUCAAUCAAUCAACAUGCAAUUUCAGUAGAUAUAUUUUACCAUUUUCAGUUUAGUUCUAGAUAUCCGUACUCAAAUUAAAUGAGUACUUCAAUAAUAAACUCAUUACCAUCCAUCGAACUGCAGGAAAUUGAAAUUUUGCUAUUAGAAAUUCUUGGUAGAGUGGAAUCGAAGAAGUAGGGCAACAUGGAUCAGGAGAUUGACGAGUCGACGCUGACGACGACGAUGAAGUUGCCGGAGAGGAUGCGGACCGAGAUGAUCAUACCAGUGGCUGAGGAGACGUUCUACAACACCAAGUGGAAGGCGAAGGAAGCUCCCCUCUGUGCCUACGAUAUGCUGUACCACCCGCCCGACUACAACCCUAAAGCGGCCCGAUCCGACCGACAAGAACCAAAGAUCAUCAGGCAAAAUAUUUGGGACCAAGAAUUGCAUAAACGCAUACCAUGUACGACUCACUUCACGCACGGGAGACCCACGUGGCCGAUCCUGGAUCGACCCACCAAGCAAUUCGUGAGGGUUGUAGUUAAAAACGAGAAUCCUCACAUGCGUCUGUACCACGUGCUGGAAUGGGCUGCCCUGAUGAACGAAGGUCUCAUGAGUCUGUGUUACUAGUUCCGUUCAGACACUUCGUAAUAUUUCUCCGAAGAUUUUUCUACUACUACAUGUAUCUGCCUCAUAUUUUUUUCUCAAUAAAUUUUUGCACCUGU